CCGAUGCCUAUAUGAUGCCUUUUCCAGUAGGGGAGGACGGUAGAAGGUAUAGCGCAAUCAUUCCCUCACCCCUUCGGCCCCCCUCCCGGCCGGAGCGCCGCUGCUAGCAUGUCGGUCAUCCGUCUGGGCGUGUCGGCCACCGGCGGCACCGGGCCCGGCACUCUCUUGCCUGCCCAGCCAGCAAGGAGCCAGACGCUUUCGCGCAUGACCGUUCCCAGAUCGCGUCGCUAUCCUCUCUUUCGCAUCUCGCCUAGCCGCAUGGUCGCUCUCCGGCUUCGGGCCAAAACUGCUAUCCUGAGGUAUUCCUAUUCCCAUGCGUUUCUAUACGCCGCCAACCAGCGUGCCGACCGGCUGCCCCUAUUGAUGCUUCAGACUUGGAUGACACGCCAGAAAAUCCGGGACGAGCCCCGCGUCUUUAAGGCCCUCCGCGCUGUCAGUUCGCAGGAAUGGACCGACCGUUUCCAUGGCUUAGCUGCCAGAGGCUGGUCCAGGGACGACAUAGACCAUUGGAUAUGGGUAUUGUCCGGAGAGGAUGGAGACGUCCGGGUUGCGCGUCUGAUCUCGACAGACACCCCCAAACCCAUCUUCCUCACCUUACUACUGGUCCGGAGCGAUGAAUGGUUCCGCAAGCCCGAAUCCAUCCUAUCCUUGAUGGAGUACGUGGCCAGACGGCACUUUCGUUACGGGUCAGGGCCGUCAGGCGAUCGCAUCGCUGAUCUCACUUCGAAAACGGUCAUGACGGCGUCCCAAUUUCUUAUACUACUCCGCCGUGUUGUUCAUCACAUCCUACGGAAGCUGCCCCGGUCAAUUAUUACCGUUGCCCGGCUUGUGGUAGAUUUUAUCCGGAGGCUACCGAAUGACGAGCCCCGCAGCUAUCAUCGCCAGUGUAUGGUGUUCAAUACGGCACUGCUUCUCUUUAGUCGGCCGGCUGCGACUCGGCCGAUCUUAAACAGGGAAUUCAACUGGAGGGCGCAGAAGGUCUUGCUCGCGAUGUCGGAUAAUUUCCCCAGACCUCUUAUCAUUAGCCAAGCAGGCUACCGUGCCGUCCGAGAGGUCAUGAUCGGGCUGAAAAAAUCGAAAACGGAGAAGGCGGUAGCGGUGAGGUAUGCGAAGUCGUGGCCGCCACAUAGGCAAGACUUCGACGGGCUCGAUGCGAGGAGAACGCCCGAGGACGAUUACUCGCGAAGCGUGAAAGCGGGUCUUCUCAUGAAGGCGGCUGGAUAUACUGAAACUCACUACGACGCAGCGCUGGGUGCCCUCGGUGGCAUGGACGGGUCUUCGCCAACGAUACAAACGCUCAGCCUCCCGCCUAAGAAAUGGACAGGUAAAGGAGAAGGCUUAAAUCUAUACACUCGCUGGGCAAUGAUGGUCCGGGCCACCCGAAACGCCCAGGAGGCGUGGGCAGUUUUUAACCAGGUUGCGGCAGAUGCGAAAGAAGCACCUAAUACCCAAGUCUAUGCCGAGAUGUUUAUCAAAUUAGUAGCGCGCCCCCUCCCCUCGGACUCGGCCGCCUUGCCCGGCGAUUCUCGCGAAGUUCUGCCCGUUCAUGAUGAGAAUUAUAGCGACUACGAGCUCGCUAGGCUAUCGCCGCCCACGGUCGACGAGCUAUACCAACAGAUGCUUAGUCACGGUGUUAGGCCAAAACACCACUGCCUCCAGGUCCUUGUGGGCAGCGCCAGCUCCCUCGAAGAGGCGGCCCGCUAUCUUGAAGAUAGCGGCAUGGAUCCAGCCGUUAUCUCUGCCUUGGCUACGUAUAAGGAGUCGUCUUAUGGGUUGCUACGACAGGUCACUCUCUUGACCUUCACGAGCUUUAUUCGCCUGCUCUGCAGACUACAUCCCAACCGGCAAGGUCGAGCACGAAUUGACCCAGAAGGACUCCUCUUCAUCCGACACGCCAUAAGAAUAACUAGUCUUCGGCUGAGGGCGGACACGACAGAGGGGUCGACAUUCCAACCCCCAUGGUGUAUUAUUAUGAGGGCGCUUGCCCGGCCACACAUCUGUGUCAAGAACGGUACGCCCUCGGAAAAUAACGAUGAGGCCCUAGAUCUCUGCUUGGACGUUCUCGGAUCUGUGCAAAGCAGAGUCGGGGUCGACCCCGAAAUCUUUUUGUAUUUCUGCCGCGUUGUCCAAAAAGCUGCGUACUCUCGGCUUUGCCAUGUCCUAAGCUCGAAGAAACCAGAGGUGAUAAACGCGGCCACUCCGCUCAUGCAUUCGGCUGAAGAGGUGUCGAAACACCUCACCAAAAUAUUUUCCCGGCUCACCACUUGUAUUAAAACCUACGACACCGAGCUCGAGAGCGUCGACGCACCCCUUUUUAUGCAAAACAUCGGUCCCGCCCACUUGCACGCGUACAUGCGCGCUCUCGCCUUCCUCGAGGAUACGUCGGCGAUGAAGAAACUGCUGGAAUGGAUGCUCGAGAAUCAGGAGUAUAUCAACCAGGAAGCGGAGCGGAUAGGACGCCGCGGCUUCGCAUUGAUCGCGAGGACCCUGUGUGCCUUUCACGCAUUUGCCGGGCCGAUCUUAGGGGAGGACGAGCUGGAGAAAAUGAUUCCCCUAAGGAAAGAUCCGGCACAGACCGGCUCCUGGAGAUGGCCGAGGCCAAGAGAGGUUGAAAUAUAUAUCAAAACCGACGGAAACCGUAGCUCAGUACGACUUCAGCUCAGGGUCCUAGCGAGGGCCCAGCAUUCGUCAUCUCCGCAAGAGAGUCAAGAGGUAAUAGAGCGCGAAUAACAUCUCCCUAUACUGCUCGCAAGCAGCCCUUCUGGUUGUCACAGAUGGGUGUGAUUACACCGGUCGGCCAGUACUGGCCACGCGGAGUAACCUAACUUGCCACACCGAUUCCUAGUGGUGAUUUGAAAUCCUCUGCAAAUAUAUCAUUGUCCGUAGCGAUUGAUCUCACUCCUCAGAUACACGGUG